AUGGGUCACGAAGAUGCUGUCUACCUCGCCAAGCUCGCCGAGCAGGCUGAGCGCUACGAAGAGAUGGUUGAGAACAUGAAGGUCGUUGCCUCCGCCGAUGUAGAGCUCACCGUCGAGGAGCGGAAUCUCCUGUCUGUCGCCUACAAGAACGUUAUCGGUGCCCGUCGUGCGUCCUGGAGAAUCGUCACCUCCAUCGAACAAAAAGAAGAGUCCAAGGGCAAUGAGUCCCAGGUCUCCCUCAUCAAGGAGUACCGUCAGAAGAUCGAGGCUGAGCUGGCCAAGAUCUGCGAUGAUAUCCUCGAGGUUCUCGACAAGCACCUGAUCCCCUCUGCCCAGAGCGGCGAGUCCAAGGUCUUUUACCACAAGAUGAAGGGUGACUACCACCGUUACCUUGCCGAGUUCGCCGUUGGCGACCGCCGCAAGGGCGCCGCCGAUGCUUCCCUCGAGGCCUACAAGGCCGCCACUGAGGUUGCCCAGACCGACCUUGCUCCCACCCACCCCAUCCGUCUCGGUCUCGCCCUGAACUUCUCCGUCUUCUACUACGAGAUCCUCAACUCCCCCGACCAGGCUUGCCACCUGGCCAAGCUCGCUUUCGACGAUGCCAUUGCUGAGCUCGACACCCUGAGCGAGGAGAGCUACAAGGACUCUACCCUGAUCAUGCAGCUCCUCAGAGACAACCUGACUCUGUGGACCUCGUCCGAGGCCGAGCCCGCCGCCGAGGCGAGCGCCCCCGCCGAGAAGAAGGAUGAGGCCCCCGCUGAGGGCGAGAAGCCCGCCGAGUAA